UUCUUUAAUUAAAUUUUUCGAUAAUAUAAAUUAUCUAAUUAAACAACGGGCUUACGUUGCAUUUUACGACAAAUAUACUGAAAUAUAUGUCGAGAGAUGGCAGUAGGCGUCCUAAAAAUGAAAUUUCAAAUGUCGGCAAUGGUGUUUACAAAUUCGUCCCAGUCACGCGUCGCGACAGGUUAGGUAAGGUUAGGAUCGCCACUCACGUCGAGUUCGCAUUGACGGUCGUUGCAGAGAAUUUACAUCGAAUUUCGGUUUAAAUCAAUUAGACUUUGCAUCGAGAUAUAACUAGAAAAGAUAUUUUGCUGCUUGGUAUACAUGAAAAGUACAAUUUUAAGAAAAUUGUUGCAAACGUAUUAAAGUAUUUAUAUUUAUACUGAUUUCUAUAAGAUUCUUGAUAAUGAUGCAAUUGUCAUGUAAUCAUAUAUGUAAUUUGAACAGAGUGAAUGAGAUACCUGUCUUAUCUGUAUAUGUAUUUCUGAGAAAACUGGUCUUAUUAAUUUAACAGAGAGCAAGAAAACGCUGAAAGAGAAACGAUGAAAAGAAAUUUACGAAUUAAUUAUAAUCAGCCAAUAAUUGAACUGUCAGAUUCUGACGAUGAUUGUAAAACAUCUAAACGAUCCAAAGACGAGGACUAUGCAGCAGAACAGAGCAAGGGAAAAAUCACGGCGGUUAAGAAAGAGCCAGUGAAAAGGGCGAGGAGAAAUACGCAGACCAAGAAUGUUAAGUCUGUCAAAAGAAAGAGUGAAAAAGUAACCUCGGAGACGUUGAGUAACAAGAGAAUAAAGCUCAAAGAAGAAUUGUCGUGCACUGACGCUGCAGACUCCGCAAUAGUGUUGGAAGAAGACCGGAAGGAUUUAAUCGACACUCGUGUGAAGGAAGACGUAAAGUUCGAAGAGAAGUUCAACUUCGAUGUCUCGCAAUGCACGGAAUGGACCGAGGUCGACUAUAUAAGCGAGAUCAACAAUGUGGAUAGGCGUAUCACGGAGAACGUGGUGAAACUUUUCAAGGAAGACAACACCAUACCGUUUAUCGCGAGAUACAGAAAGAACAUGACUGGAUCCAUGGAGCCGGAUAAACUCAGGGCACUUCUGGACAGUUUUGAACAGGCGAAGGCGAUCAAGCUCCGUGCCGCGACGAUUAUCAAGAGCAUCGACAAGUUGGGAAAGUGGUCGCCGGAAGUUCACUCUGCUAUCACAUCUGUGAAGUCUCUCGCCGAUCUCGACUAUAUUUAUUCUCUGUAUAAGCCCUCGACAUCGAAGCGAAGUCUUGCGGAGAAGGCGCGACAGUUGGGCCUGGGUGUUGUUGGCGAUGCCGUUUUACAAGGGCAGGAUCUGCCGCCGUUGACAUCCCUGAUAGACGAACAAAGGGAAGGCUUGCGAAACGAGCAGGAAGUGAGAAGCGGUAUCGUGCAUAUAAUAGCGGACGCCAUCAGCAAGAACAAGGAGAUCUUCGACGAGGUGACAUCUCUCCGGAAAACGUUUGCUAUAGAGAUACAAACGACACAGUGUAAAACGCCCGAGGAUUCGAAGAAGGUGGACGAGCAGAAGAAGUACGAGCAGUACUUCGAUUUUAAGUUGAACGUGAACUACAUCAAGCCGCAUCACAUACUGGCCAUCAAUCGGGCCGAGUCGCAGAAGAUCAUCAGCGUGAAGAUCGCCGUCCCCGACGCGUUCGAGCGCGCGUUCAAGAAAUAUUGCUUGUCGCGAUACAGCAGGAUUGCUUGGCGCGUUCAGCAGGAGCGAGGAGAUAACAUGAAAAUGCAUUGGGAUUUACUCAGCGACAGUAUCGAUUACGCUUACAAGAAACAGAUUAAACCUCAGAUGAUACGUCGCAUGAGGAGCGAGAUGAAGGAAAACGCGGAAAGGGCGUCCAUAGAGGUUUUCGCGACUAACGUUAAGCAACUGCUGCUCAUUCCUCCCGUGCGAGGUAAAAUCGUUCUCGGUAUAGACCCGGGUUACCGUCACGGAUGUAAGCUCGCCGUCGUGUCGGAGCAGGGCGACCUCCUUGAGACCGCCGUGAUACAUCCCCACGACCGUUCGUCGUCGUUUAAAGACGCGGCUGGCGAGUUGGCGAAAUUGGUGAACAAAUACGGGUGUACGGUAAUAGCUCUGGGAAACGCCACUGCGUGCAGGGAAACCGAGCUGUUUCUGACAAAGGUAUUAGGGUCGAAGAUGAUUGGCCGGCUGAACGCGAUGUAUACCAUCGUUGACGAAAGCGGGGCCUCGAUUUACAGCUGUAGCCCACAGGCGAAAUCAGAGUUCCCCGAUCUCGAUCCGAAUCUGGUGUCGGCGAUCUCGAUAGCGAGACGUUUGCAGGAUCCGUUGGCCGAAUUAGUUAAGAUAGAGCCGAAGCAUUUAGGAGUCGGGAUGUAUCAGCACGAUCUUUCGGAGACGAAACUGACGAAGACGCUAUCCGAAGUUGUUACAGAGGUUGUGAGUUUUGUAGGAGUCGAUAUCAAUACAGCUUCCCAUUAUCUUCUACAGCACGUAGCCGGCCUCACGCCUUCUAGGUCUAAGAGCAUCAUAGAAUGGCGGACCAAAAACGGACCGUUCAGAAAUAGAGAGCAGUUGCUGAAGGUGAAGGGUAUCGGCAGCAAAACUUUCGAACAGUGUGCAGGAUUCAUAAGAAUUCUACCGGAGACGGCAACGGUUAGCAAUACCCCGUCGGAACGGGGCAAAAAAUGGGAGAGGGAUUUCAAUCCUUUAGAUCAGACGUGGAUCCAUCCGGAAUCGUACGCGAUAGCGAAUAAAUUCGUAAAAUACUGCCAAUGCAAUUUAGACGAUAUUGGCACUCUGACAUUUAUCGAGAAAAUAAAUUCUCACGCGAAAACUGAAUAUGGAAAGCUAGCCGCGCAGUACGGCACCGAUGAGACUACAAUGGAAACCAUAGUUAAAGCCCUGACCAUGCAGAAGGACGAGGAUAUACGAUCGAAAUUGAGCCAGCCGUUGUUCCGCAACAGCGUACGAUGUAUCGACGAUUUGACUAUCGGUACCGUAUUGAGCGGCGUCGUGCGAAAUGUCACGCAUUUUGGAUCGUUCGUAGACGUGGGUGUUGGUAGGGAGGGAUUGAUACACGUCACCCGUAUGAAAAAAGAUCUGUAUAUAGGGCAGCGAGUGGAAGUGAAGGUAGUUGCCAUCGAACUGGCACGCCAAAGGAUUAGUCUCGAGUUAAUAAGUUAAUUAACGCGUAAUCGCGUCGAUUGCUGUUCUCGACGUUAUGUAUUACGAUCGAUAACUAGCGUUAGGUUGGUACCUAAGAUCAUUUUAUUUUAGUACAUUUAUACAUUUAUAUAAUUUAUCUGAAAUCUAGAAAAAAAAGGAAGAAAUAAAUUAUUUUUGAAGCUUAAUGCCACGAUAUCCGUGGACAAAAAUAAUUGUAUAAUCAAAUUGCAUAAUCAGCAAUUUUGUGAUAUUUGUGUUAUUUUGAAAGUAAAGUAUUGCUGUUGCGAUAAUGAUAAAUAUAUUUUUUUUUAGAUAGAUAUUUAACUAAAUAUCAAUUUUUUGUUUAGCAAACUUAUAAGCAGCAGUAAUAAAGAUGUCUAGUUAAAAAAAGGAUAUAUUUCAACGAUGAGGUAGAGAUUAUGGAUGAAAAAGGGAAAGAGGGAGGGAAGAUUUCAGCUCGGCAUCAACUCAUAAUCAUCAUCAUCUUUCUUUUCAUUAGUCGUCUCGUCAGCCCCACGGAUCCAGGGUACUAAUAUAUUCCACUGCAUUGUCAUUAAAUGACGGAUUAUACUUCAUAGGGUGCACAUUGUACAUUUCCUCUCUGAUUCUGAUUAGUCAGUCCAAUUGCAUACCAGAAAUGCUGAUAAGAUUCACAAUCUUUUAAAAAAUAAAGAGUUGAAAUUCUUCCUUAGCCUGUGUAUAUUUUUUUAAUACACCAACAGUUUUUUUCUUUAAAAACCUCAACCGCGUCCACAAAUUCAAUCUUUAUAACUUUGUUUUAAUUCUUAGUGCUCAUUUCCACCAAUGUAGAUUAACUUAGAUCUCAGUUUAACUUACUCUUUACCUUUUUCCAAUUUUUAAAACUAAAAGAUUAAAAGCAACUGUUAAACUGAGAUCAAAGUCUGACUAGCCAGACAGAACCAGAGAGGAAAUGUACAAUGUGCACCCUAUGAAGUAUAAUCCGUCAUUUAAUGGCAAUGCAGUGGAAUAUAUUAGUACUCUCAAUCCGCGGAGCUGACGAGACAACUGAUGAAAAGAUAGAUGAUGAUGAUUAUGAGUUGACGCUGAGCUGAAAUCCUCCCCUCUCCUCCUUUCCUUAAUCUGCUGCAUUGGUAGAAAUAGACAUAAAGGUUUAAGCAGUUGUAUUGAUUGAGCCUAAAUUAAGAGCAAGUGAUGAAAAGAUGUUUUGUUAACAAAAAUGUAUUCUACUUCGUGAAACAGUCCUGGUAGACUGUUUUCUACCUCACUUCUGAACUAUGUAUGAGAAUUAUUUACGAAAUUUAUAAACAUAGACCUAUGUAGUAAUAAAAUAAUAAAAAAUAGUAAUUAAUAAAAUAAUAAA